AUGUCAGGAGCAUCAGAUUUUUUAAGUAAAGGAAUAGAAUUAGUUCAAAAGGCAAUUGAUGCUGAUACUGCGACUCGUUAUGAAGAAGCAUACAAACUAUAUUACAAUGGUCUAGAUUAUUUGAUGUUAGCAAUCAAAUAUGAAAAGAAUCCCAAAUCAAAAGAACUUGUCAAAUCAAAAUUCACGGAAUAUUUGACAAGAGCAGAACAAUUGAAAGAUCAUUUGGAAAAACAACAAAAUAAAUCAAACUCGGCAGAAAGUUCAGUAAAUGGUUCUACUAAAGCAAAGAAAUCAGGCACAGGUGGAGGUGGUGAAGAUGAAGAUGACGCUGAUACCAAGAAAUUAAGAGGGGCAUUGGCAGGUGCUAUCCUUUCGGAAAACCCAAAUGUUAAAUGGUCAGACAUUGCUGGAUUAGAUGGAGCAAAAGAAGCACUUAAAGAAGCAGUUAUAUUACCAGUCAAAUUCCCUCAAUUAUUUGUUGGAAAUAGAAAACCAACUUCUGGAAUAUUAUUAUAUGGUCCUCCAGGUACUGGUAAAUCUUAUUUAGCAAAGGCAGUGGCAACAGAAGCAAAUUCUACUUUCUUUAGUGUUUCUUCAUCUGAUUUAGUAUCAAAAUGGAUGGGGGAAUCAGAAAGAUUAGUGAAACAAUUAUUCACAAUGGCUAGAGAAAAUAAACCUUCUAUUAUAUUUAUUGAUGAAGUCGAUGCUUUAUGUGGACCUAGAGGUGAAGGGGAAAGUGAAGCACUGAGAAGAAUUAAAACUGAAUUAUUAGUACAAAUGAAUGGAGUUGGUAAUGAUUCUCAAGGAGUUUUAGUUUUAGGAGCAACAAAUAUCCCGUGGCAAUUAGAUGCUGCUAUUCGAAGAAGAUUUGAACGUAGAAUUUAUAUCCCAUUACCCGAUGUUGAAGCUAGGACAAGAAUGUUUGAAAUAAAUAUCGGUGAAGUCCCUUGUGAAUGUACCCCACAUGAUUUACGAACAUUAGCAGAAAUGACAGAUGGAUAUUCUGGUCAUGAUGUUGCCAUUGUGGUUAGAGACGCUUUAAUGCAACCAAUUCGUAAAAUUCAACAAGCAACGCAUUUCAAGCCUGCUUUGGAUGAGGAUGGAAAUGAGCGGUUCACUCCGUGUUCACCAGGAGACGAGGGUGCUAGAGAAAUGAAUUGGAUGGAUAUUGGAACUGAUGAAUUAAAAGAACCACCAUUAACAAUUAAAGAUUUCAUAAAGGCUGUCAAAAAUAAUAGACCUACAGUCAAUGAAGCAGAUAUCGCUCUUCAUAUUAAAUUCACUGAUGAUUUUGGUCAAGAAGGAAAUUAA